UUUUAACUAAAAUGCCGUUGUGUUAUAUAUUCACGAAUCUUAAAGACUCAGAAAUUUCUCCAGACUUGGAAGAAAAUCUAGAGGAAUGUAUCUCAAAAUUAAUGAAUAAACCAAAGGAGCGGAUUACUGUGAUGCUGAACACCGGAAUACGCAUGAGGUUUGGUGGGAAGAAACAAUUUGGUAUGGUGUGCAAUAUUCAUUCUAUAGCCGUAUUUGACGAGAAAAGAAAUCCAGGAUAUUUUCCGCAAUUAUUUGACGUAUUGACGUCGGCAACAAAACUUCCAGCAAGCAGCAUCACCAUAGAAUUAACAGACCUUCCUGCUCACAUGGCAUUAAAUGGCGCCGCCCUUUCUUAGCACUAUGUGGAAAUGAACUUUAGAAGAAAUGUUGUCGCUGUAUUCAAUGAAAAAGACAGUUGUGGUUCGGUUUUCUAUUCCAUUUUGUUACGUUUAAAUGUUGUCUGCGGAUAAUCGCGAAUAAUGAUAAUAAUAAAAAUGUUGAAAUCUAA